AAAAGAGCAAAAACUCUAAUGGUUACUUUAACCAUUGGCCUAGCAAUGCCUACAUAUAACAUUAAUUACUCAUUUGCAUAUACUACUGAUCUUCCUUCAUGCACACAAAUUAAUUAACCAAGCAAAGCAAUGGCAACACCAUCUUCGCUACUCUCAUUCUUCUCCUUCAUUCUCACCAUCUCUUCCCUCACAAUCCACACACUUUCUUCCUCAACCGACUCUUUCGUCUUCGGCGGCUGCACUCAACAAAAGUACGCUCCAAACUCACCUUACCAGUCGAACCUCGACUCUCUCCUCACCUCCCUGGUCAACUCAGCCGCCUAUUCCUCUUACAACAACUUCACCGUAAUCGAUUCCAGCCCACAAGACGUCGUUUACGGUCUUUUCCAGUGUCGAGGCGACCUCUCCAUGCCCGACUGCGCCACCUGCGUAGCCCGCGCGGUUACCCAAGUUGGCUCCCUCUGCCCCGCCACGUGCGGCGGCGCGGUGCAGAUGCAGGGGUGUUUUAUCAAGUACGAUAACGCGUCGUUCUUAGGGGUGGAGGAUAAGAAUGUUGUAAUGAAAAAAUGCGGACCGUCGGUGGCGUUUGAUUCAGAGGCGGAGAUAAUGGGGCGGAGAGAUGCGGUGAUGGCGGGGUUGAUGAAUGCUGGUGGGCCAUUUAGGGAGGGCGGGGCGGGGGAGGUUCAGGGGUUGGCCCAAUGUGUGGGAGAUUUGAGCUUGGGGCAGUGUCAGGAUUGUCUAUCGGAGGCAAUUGGACGGCUGAAAAAUAACUGCGGCACGGCGGCUUAUGGGGAUAUGUACUUGGGAAAAUGUUAUGCUAGGUAUUACAUCGGCGGAGAUCACUAUUAUUCCAACGGCCAUAAUGAUCAUAAAUCUGGCAAAGGGGGUGACAAGAUAUUUGCAAUAAUUAUCGGAUUAUUGGCUGGUGUUGCUCUGUUGAUCAUCUUUUUCACUUUCAUAAGAAAAGCGUUUGAGGGAAAUGGGAAAUGAAAUAUUCCAGCUUUUUUUAAACACAAUGGCAUGGAUCUUGAACGUCUGCCUACUGAAAUAAUUUACUUUUUCUCCCCCCCGCCCCCACCCCUCUCACUUUUUCUCUCCAUGAUGCAACUUUCCUCUCUUCACUGUUUUCGAUGUUUUGGGUUUUCCAAAUAGGUGGUAUUAUAUUACUCCCCAAAUUAAAUGAGAGCAAAUGAAAAAAUGCAAUUAUAUAUAUUUGAUGGGGCAUGAAAUGAAACCCAAUAUGCCCAUACUGGAAAAGAAAGGACAAAAAGAGGACAUAAGAUUCCACUCUCCUCUUCCAUGAAACAUUGUUGUCUUGUCUUCUUUUUUUUUUUUCUUUUUUCUUUUUUCUUUUUGGCCAAAGAGUUGUAUGUGUUGUCUAAUGUGAGAAAAUUGCUCGAAUUCUUUUUGUAAA